AUGGUUUUGGACGGGGUAAGUCCGCUGGUCAUUCCCCAUCCGUUUUUAGAGCUUCCGGCAAAAGUGGACGUCCAAGUUAAAGUGGUUCACGAAGGAAAUGAAUACAUAUUCCCAGGACUUGGAUCCGCCCAGAGAGAUGAUGAUCUAGUGACAGACUACGGGGGUGUUGGUUACCUUUAUAACGAUAUAGAUGUAAAGAUAUACGUCCCAGUGACUCAGAACAAUGGGAACGGACCGGGACGGGUUCUCCUGACCGCUGCUCCGUACACUGACGUCAUUCACAACCUGGGGGUCUACCCGGACUUCGUCACCGUACAACUGCUAUUAAGCGAUGGAUACGUGUCAGACGCACAGGGGACCACACCAACCACUCUUAAUCACGGCCCAAAGUGGAUAAACAGCUGUGGCACGGUGUUCGGGAUUACCGAGUCUUCAGUGACACUCUGGGGAGCUAGUGAAGCUGAUGACUUCAUUGCUUGCUUUAAGGAUGGAUGGGGCUCUGAAGAUGUAUCGUACAGUUCUGCUGAUGUUAUCAUUCGAGCCUGGAUUUUGUCAUCACAAGAGACAAAAGAUAGCACAGUAUCAAGCGGGACUACUUUUUACGGGGCUGGGUCCGCCAGUCUGGGAGACACUGCAGCUUCAGAUCCAUUUGGAGGGACUUUAUAUGGCUACAACCAAUCCCAUGUUUUGUUGUGGACGCCCGACGUCGCUUAUGGUUACCCUAUUUACGUGGGAGGAGUGUGGGGAUCAGGAACUCAGUCUAUACAGGCUUCCUCUGUUGUUGUUACUGUCCGGGUUAUAACUACAGGAAGGCCUCCUGGAGAAAUAUGUCCACUCCCACCAAGUCUCGCUAAUGGUUACUCUGUAGUCAAUAACCAUACCGCUGUGUACCACUGUAGCAAUGGAUACAUAGCAAACCAGACAGACAACGUUAUACACUGUAACAACUCACUCUGGGAACAGAUUAAUUUAUCUUGCGAAGUUAUGUCCUGUCCAGUCCCCCAUACCACUGCUAAUACACUGCGGUUAUCUGAUGGAACACAAAAUGGAAGUUUGACAUUAUAUUCGUGUGUCAGAGGAUACUCCGGCAACGGCGGAAACGGGCUUAUUUCCUGUAAUGGAACGCACUGGUCAGACACAAAUCUGACAUGCACCGGAUUCGUGGCUAAUGAUGGAUAUCAGGAAAUAACGUGUAACGGAUCACAUUGGUCGCCCACACAGUACACAUGUUCAAGUAUUAUGUGUGCAGAACCUCCAAGUAUUCCGAAUACAGUCAAAAUAUCCGACGGAUAUCAAAACGGUAGUAUGACCCUGUACUCCUGUCAACAAGGAUUUUAUGGCAAUGAUGGAUAUCCAUUCAUAACAUGCAAUGGAACACAUUGGUCAGACACAGUCUUUGUAUGUUCAGAUUCAAUUAUCUCCCCUGCAUCAGUGAGCACAGUCAGCUGUGAACUGCCACCCUCAAUACCAAAUGCCUUCUACGAUGUUAAUAGUAGCACGGCUACUUACUACUGUCACCAUGGUUACACAGCGAAUGACACAAACAACGUCAUCAGAUGCAUAAACUCCCAUUGGUCAUAUAUUACUUUGGCUUGUUUAAACGUUACCUGUGGCGAACCUCCGAGUAUCCAGAAUGCGAUGAAAACUUCUGAUGGAUUUCAAAAUGGAAGCAUUACAAUGUAUUCCUGUCUGUCCGGAUAUUCUUCCAAUAACGGAUAUCCACUUAUAACGUGCAAUGGAACACACUGGUCGAACACGAGCUUUUUAUGUGCAGAAAUAUCGUGCCCGAAUCCUCCAGACAUUGCUGACGCACUGAAGACCUCGAGUGGACGCACGAAUGGAAGUGUGACAUUAUACUCUUGUUUGAGUGGAUUCACCGCUAAUAAUGCAGAUCCAUUAAUUUGCUGUAUUGGGGAUCAAUGGACAGGGACGAACUACACCUGUUUAGUCGAGCCGGUGCCUUGUGAUUCACCGUUACCAUUAGCAAACGCAGAUGUGUUCUGGAAUACCUCGAUGGCGAUGUACACCUGUAGAGCCGGUUACAGAGCAUAUGGGGAUGUCCACUGGAGUGCUUGUCAUAAUGGAGUCUGGACCUCUGUGUCUGGAGUGUGUCAAGGAUCGAAUGUUACCAAUACAACAAAUUUCGUUUUGUCACCGAAUGCUUUUGAAGGUCUGAGAAUCCCUAGACACAACACUAGUGCAUAUGAGCGGAGUUUGAUAUCUGCAUAUGACCCGCGCCAAAGUGCCAAAGCCAUCGGGAGUGUUGGUGCCUUGAUUAUAGUAGUAACUGUUGGACUAAUCUGUCUGUCAGACUGUGUAACUUUAUGUAGCCAGAAAGAGUUAACGUCUAAAAACCCUAGGUUAUAGCUUUUCUUUGACGAUGUUCUUAUAUUUCCCAUCAAUAUUUCCUGGAUAUAGUAUAGAAAAAAACUUUAAAUUGUUGAACAAAUUCAUAUCAAUUACUGUUGAGAUUAGAUAGAUGAAGUUGGAGUUUUGUAGUACUAAGCUGCAAAUAAUUCAUCUCUUUUAUAUGUCGAGGGUCUGGAUGUAAAAAUUCAACCCUCUCUAUUUACAUGUAUUUGGCUUGACUUUGACUUGGCAUUCCAGUAUGAGGCCUGUUCUAAAAUAAACUUCUCAAA